AUGGAUUCCAAAACAUCAUUCCUCAUCCUUGGCCUAAUGGCCCUGGUUCUUGUUAUUUCCUCAGAGGUGUCAGCUAGGGACUUAACUGAGACUUCCACUAAUACCAAAGAGGAAAUUGUUACAAAGUCAAAUGAAGUAAAUGAUGCCAAAUAUGGGGGUUAUAGAGGCUACGGUCAUGGUGGUGGUUACAAUAAUGGUGGCGGUUACCAUAAUGGUGGAGGUGGUUACAACAAUGGUGGUGGUUACCAUAACGGUGGAGGUGGUUACAACAACGGUGGCGGUUACCAUAAUGGUGGAGGUGGUUACAACAACGGUGGAGGUUACCAUAAUGGUGGUGGUGGUUACCAUAAUGGUGGUGGCGGUUACAAUGGUGGUGGCGGUUACCAUAAUGGUGGAGGUGGACAUGGUGGUGGUUACAACAAUGGUAACUGA